CCGGGGGCGACGUAUUUGUUUCCUACUAUUUUUCGAAGUCUACACCGUCAAGUGUCAUGUACUUUACUGGCACACACAUGCGGAAAGGCUUCUUCCUCAGACCAGGGACUCAACGGACUCCACUACCCUGGUCUUGUUUGUUGUGAAUCUGUGAACUCAAAGUUCAUCCCGCAGAUUUCUGAAAGUCUGCACUUCCUGCCCGUCAACGGCCGUGCCAUGGCAUGCACAGAGAGCAAAGGAUUUCUCAGCUGUUUCUUCUUCCUCGAUGGCUAACACCGAGACAAUUUCUGUGCCACCUGGUGAACAUAUGACAAUUGACGACACGUUUGAUGGGUCCGCAAGCCGCAGUGGUUUCACCAGUCUUGGAAAGGAUGAGUCUAUCCACCGACUAAACAGCCUCAGAGAGAACUUUGAAUGUGACUCCCCCAGUGACAGCCUGAGUGCGGACUCUCUGUGCGGGGCCGGUGACCAGCUGACGAGCCGUUUGGAUGUGUACUGCGGAGGAACGGUUGGCAGUUCAGGAAGUGGAACCGCAUCGAUUGUUCGUUUGAAAAACGGCAUUAUCCAGUGGGCCUCGCUGCCUAGGAACAAGCGCAGCACAACUAACUUCAGUGAAACGCAAGCGGAUAACCUGCUGGACUCCGCCUCCAGUUUGUCCCUGGAUUUAGUCAUUACUGCUAAGCUUAGAGUAAAAACCAACAAGCAGGGCAGGGAAGAGGUCACUGGGUUUACUGUGCUGGGAGCCCAGGCCAACAAAACUGGGCGCAAUGGUGGCCCCCUGCUUAGCACUUUGACAGUCCACUUUACUAAGGCUGCAGCUCGAGUAAGCCAGGAAUGGGUGUACACCAUCAACAACGCCCUGUUGGUGACGGGCCUGAGGCCACAGAAGUUGCUGUUCUUCAUCAACCCGAUGGCGGGCAAGGGAGACGCAGCGCUCAUCUACCAGCAGUCUGUGCGGCCAUAUUUGAAGGCGGCCGACAUCGAAGCGGAUGUCAUGCUGCUCAGCGGCCCAGGUAGCAUGCGCAAGUACCUCUCUGACCCGACUCGCGACUUGCACCAGUAUGACGGCAUUGUGGCAGUUGGCGGCGACGGAACAAUCAAUGAGCUGAUAAACAUCUCCAUAUUCAGAGCAAUCGAGUCGAAAGUCACCUCGGUCUGGUCCAACGCGGACCCCAAGGACGAUUCUGUGCCCGAACACGAGUUCAGCAUUGAGCAGAUUCGAAAGAACCAGCAUCGGAUAGGCGUGAUUCCGGCAGGAUCGAUCAAUCACAUUGCGUGCUCGGUGUUUGGCUCGGACAGUCCGGCUAUAGCCACCAUACACACGUUACUCGGUGGUAGCUACCUCCUGGACGUCUGCUCGUUGUCCACACAGAAACGCUUACUGACAUUCGGAACAACGGCUGUAUUCUCCUGCCUGCAGAAUGGAUGCAAGUCGCCGAAGAGCCCCAAGCGCAAGCUGCUUCGCCUCUCUUCUAGCCAGCAAUUUACGACAAUGAAGUUGGAGAGAGACGGGGACUUCUUCACAACGUUGAGGUACCAAAUGACCCAUGUUGACCGGGUCGAGAAGAACAAGUCUUCCGAGACAUGGUCCACAGAUCCGAACCCAGGUGAGAAUUUUGAGAUGAGCAGCUUAACUCUCUCGCCGCUGAUCGAAGUAGCCCCGGGUACCGACAACCUAAGUGCAUGUCCAGUGACCAACAAGUGGGGGACUCUGACGGGCACCUACGGAUAUCUUUGCAUUUUCGCGACACCCUACCGGGAUCCUGAGCAUCCAACCGCAUCCUCUCAGGAAGGUUUACUGGAUAUGAUACUGGCGGAUACGCUUUCUCGCAAGGACUACUUCAGGAAUGCGUUGAAGAAGAAGUUCACGUCUGACCAGCAGAAUGCGUCUGGAGCAGUGAUUUGCCACGCCCAGCAGGCCUUCAUCAACAUCAACGUUCCGAGACAGAACACUGCUGGUACGAUGCCAAAGUUCCGCAAGAAGGCCUCCACGAUCUCCUCGCCUCUGGACAUGAUCCGCAGCCGGCGUCUCAACUCCGAGGAUGAUGAUGUAGUGAACGAGACCGACUCGGCCGAGGUGUCAUCCACCGGGACAAUCUACAGCACCAUUGAAAUCGAUGCGGACGUGACUAUUGGACACCUGAAGGGGAUCUCCUGGAGCUCGAUUCAGACCCUGGCAGGGGAGCCUGGUAGCCACACGCCCACGCACAUUGGUCCCGGCAAGUUUGCGUGGUAUAUCGACGGUGAUCCGAUCGCGGCAAAGUCAGUCCAUGUGUGCAUGCUUCCGAAAAUCGUCAAUUUCCUGGCAAUGCCGCUGGACCUGGUCGUAAGUGUGAAAUGAGUACGCGUGUCGAUAGUAGUCAGCCAGUGCAUGCCGGCCUUGGCGUGGACGUUGUGUCCGUGCUGCUCUGCUUGCGCUGUGGAUUUUGCGUUGUCGGUUGCCAGCUGCUCUGAGCCACGCGGCACAUUCCCAAUAGGGUGUUCCCAUAGUUUCUUUUUCUCUAGUGCACCGCUGCAGUGCAUUUCCAUUCUUAGUCUUGCAGUACCUCACAACUAUAUAAAACACAUGUUUAACUCCUGCCGUGUGGCUGAGCAGGCCAUUCCUGUUCAACAAGCCAGGAGAGUGAACUCAACUCGGACAGUAGCAGCAAAGUGAAAAUAUUAUCAAACUCAGUCCUUCUUUUUAGUGCUUUUGUUUCAUAGAAUUGCAUCACGACCAGCCGGUUUAUGCCACAAAGCACUUAGAAAUUUAGCUAAUUCGUCUGACGCUCUGCUACUCCUCUGUCCGUCUCCAAGUCUGUUUUGGCUUCUGUAGCUCCCACGCUCUCACUGUCUUCUUGCCCCCUGCUGUACAAUUUCGUCCCCGGCAUAGACGUUGAUGCAUGACGCUAUUUUGACACAAAUAUUCCGAUUAUCAUUCAUGUGCACGUCUCCUCACACAGCACAUUGCAUGCGUGUGUGUCUGCCUCGGUGUUCUUUCUCUCUCAAUGCGUCUAUGGAGAUCCCGCAUAUAUUAUAAAACUUUAGUUUUACCUCAUGAUUGUGAGUUAGUUGCUGCCGCUACAUCUUUCUCCCUUCUCUUCUCCGUCUCUCUCUCUCUCUCUCUCUCUCUCCGCUAUUGCUGUUGCUUGCUUCCCUGCCCGUUUGACAGCAUUGGGCCAGGAGGAGGAGGCAUGUGCACCGUUGCAUACACUAAAAUGCAGAGUGUGUCAGGGUGCUGCUUGUUCUUGUCUCGUGCGGCUAUUGACUUCUUCUCGCUGCACCUUUUUUAUUUUAGUGUCAACUUCUGUAGCCUUUUAAUCGGGCCUAUAAAUCCUUGUAAUGCUGAUGCGGCUUCUUUCACCGUGAGCUCGAUGCGCCUGGCUAGCCUUUGUGUUUGUUUGUUUUGCUCUUGGUCAUCUUCACCUGGACGUGUUCACAAGUGAUGGACAGGUACGCACACACACACACACACACACACACACACACACACACACACACACACACACACACACACACACACACACACACACACACACACACACACACACACACACACACACACACACACACACACACACACAUAUGUGCAGUUAAUUCAACUUUGCAUCUUUGGUGUUUCUUUUUGAAGCAUGUACAAUUUAUAUUCUUUCAUGUUCGUCUGACACGUUCAUACUGAGCUGUUCAUGCACUCCUCCUUUGUUUUGGGACAAGUUGCUUACGCUUGCAGGUGCCAUCUGCUUAUUCUUGAUGUGCUUGUUGGCUUGUUUUCCGCUCAUGAUCUUUGUUCUCUUUCUCUUUCUUUCCGUUAGAUAGGUGCGGGCUGAAUUAAGUAUGUGCUGAAUAAAUUUCUCCAUGCGGACUCUGA